AUGGGUGAAAUACAAAGAGGUGGAUUUAGAGGAGGAAGAGGUGGAGGAUUUAGAGGCGGUAGAGGUGGAAGUGGUGGUGGUUUAGAUAGAGGUGGAAGAGGUGGUUUCAGAGGUGGUAGAGGUGGAGGUGGUUCAGAUAGAGGUGGAAGAGGUGGUUUUAGAGGCGGUAGAGGUGGAAGUGGUGGUGGUUCAGAUAGAGGUGGUAGAGGUGGCUUCAGAGGUGGAUUUAGAGGUGGUAGAGGUGGGGGUGGUUCAGAUAGAGGAGGUAGAGGUGGAUUUAGAAAUGGUGGUAGAGAUGGAUUUAGAAAUGGUGGAAAAGAUAAUGAAGAUAGUUUCAAAAAAAGUGAAGAAAAUAACAACAACCAAGCAACAGCUAUUAAAAAAACAAAUAAUAAAAGAUCAGCUGAUGAUUUAGAUGAUAAUAUCGAUACAACUUGGAAGAAACAAAAGUUUGAAGUUGACCCAAAUAAUGAAUUUGAAAACACAAGUGAUAUUGAAACUGAAGGGGGUGAUGAUAAAAAAGCCACUAAAAAACAACCAAAACCACCAAGAAAAACACCAAAACAAAAGAAUUUAGGUGAUUUAGAUCCAAGUAUUGAAUUUAUGUCAAAAGAGAAUCAAGCAAUCAUGUUUACAAGAAAGAAUGCAGAAUUUUUAAAAUUAAAUACAUCAAAUGCUACCUCAUUCAAAGAAUCACAUUUUAUUGAACCAAAGGCAGAUAUUGAAGAUUUAUCAAAUUUCAUUAAAUCAAUUCAUCCAUUAUUACAUACAUAUCCUGAUAGAAAGAAAUAUAAAGUUCAAAAUGGUGCACCACUAGUUAUAAUUGCAACUUGUUCUGCAACUAGAGCAAUUGGUAUUUCAAAAGUUUUAAGUGAAUUUAAUAUAUUUACAAAAGUUGGAUUAUAUUUUGCAAAACAUAAAAAGAUUGAAGAACAUACAGAAGUAUUAAAUAAUUAUCCAGUUAGAAUUAUUGUUGGUACACCAAAUAGAUUAUUAAAAUUAGUUGAGAAUGGUUCAUUAAAACUUAAAGGUUCAGUAUUAGUUCAAGGUGAUAAAAAACAACAAGCUCAAAAUGCACUCAUUGAAACUGAUGAGGAAACUCGUUAUUUAAUCAUUGAUAAAAGUUUUAAAACCUUAAAAGGUGAAGAUUUAUUCAGAAUCAGUGGUACUGAUUUAUUUGAAUUUUUCGAUAAAUCUUGUAAAGAGUUAGUUUUAUCUGGUAAAAUGAAAGUAUCAAUAGUUUAA